GUGAUUCUGUAAAUCUGUCUGGUGUUUUCCGCUUUAUUUGUUAUGGAAGUGUUACUCCACCCUGCCUCAGGAGUAGAGCCCUAGAUGAAUGGAUGGAGCAUGUUUUCGAGAAACACUUAGAACCCAUCGGAGAUGGCCUGAUAUUAUGGCAAUUUGGAAGAAGGACGUCUGCUUUGAAUGACAUUGCAGACAGGCAAUGGCACUGCGAUGGCUAUGGAUGUUAGUACCAUGGAGAGGAGGUUGGAACCCACGCUCGAAAGCACCUGGACAAGAAGAGGAACGACAUGUUCGAGCCAACGAUCGGGACUACAAUGAGAGGUUCAUUUAUGCUGACAAUCGAAUUAAGACAGCAAAAUACAACAUCUUCACCUUCCUGCCCAUUAACUUGUUCGAGCAGUUCCAACGCUUUGCAAAUGCCUACUUCCUAGUGCUGCUGAUACUGCAGUUAAUUCCAGAAAUCUCCUCUCUGUCCUGGUUCACCACCAUUGUGCCUUUGGUGUUGGUGCUGUCUAUCACAGCUGUAAAAGACGCUACAGAUGACUAUUUCCGCCAUAAAAGUGAUCAACAAGUCAACAACCGGCAGUCUCAGGUACUCAUCAAUGGAAAGCUACAGAAUGAAAAAUGGAUGAAUGUUAGAGUGGGCGAUAUAAUCAAACUUGAGAACAAUCAGUUUGUUGCUGCUGACCUUCUCCUCCUAUCUAGCAGUGAGCCAUACGGACUGUGCUAUAUCGAGACAGCAGAGCUUGAUGGGGAGACCAACCUGAAGGUGCGCCAAGCCUUGACUGUAACAUCAGACCUCUGGGAUGAUGUUGCAAAGCUGGCAGACUUUAAUGGGGAAGUCAUCUGUGAGCCUCCCAACAAUAAACUGGACAAGUUCAUGGGGACUCUGUAUUGGAGAGAUAAUAAGUAUUCACUGGACAACGAGAAAGUGCUCUUGAGAGGCUGCAUACUCCGUAACACAGAGUGGUGCUUCGGCUUGGUUAUCUUUGCUGGACUCCAAACCAAGCUGAUGCAGAACUGUGGGACGACCAAAUUCAAAAGGACCAGCAUCGAUAUACUGAUGAACACAUUAGUGCUGUGGAUCUUUGGAUUUCUCAUCUGCAUGGGAAUCAUCUUGGCCAUUGGCAACACCAUUUGGGAGCAGAGAGUUGGCAGCAACUUCUGGGCGUAUCUUCAGUGGAAGGAACUCACGAUCAAUGCAAUAUUCUCCGGCUUCCUGACCUUCUGGUCAUAUGUUAUCAUCCUCAACACUGUCGUACCCAUCUCACUUUAUGUUAGCGUAGAAGUUUUGCGGCUGGGCCAUAGUUACUUCAUAAACUGGGACAGACGAAUGUAUUACAGUCGUAAAGACACUCCUGCUGAGGCUCGGACAACCACCCUUAACGAGGAGCUGGGACAGGUGGAGUUUAUCUUCUCGGACAAAACCGGGACCCUCACCCAGAACAUCAUGGUGUUCAAUAAGUGUUCUAUUAAUGGGAAGACCUAUGGUGACGUUUAUGAUGAGUUCGGGCAUAAAGUUGACAUUACAGAGAAAACACCAUGUGUGGAUUUCUCCUUUAACCCAUUGAUGGACAUGAAGUUCCGUUUCCAUGACAGCAGCUUGAUUGAGGCGAUCAAACUGGAAGAGCCUCUGGUGCAGGAAUUCUUCCGUCUGUUAGCGCUCUGCCACACCGUCAUGCCAGAAGAGAGGAAUGAGGGUGAGCUGGUGUAUCAAGCACAAUCUCCAGAUGAAGGAGCUCUGGUUACUGCAGCACGCAACUUUGGCUUUGUAUUUCGGUCCAGAACACCAGAAACCAUUACUCUAUAUGAGAUGGAUCAGCCGGUAACAUACCAGCUAUUGGCCAUCCUGGACUUCAACAAUGUGCGAAAGAGAAUGAGCGUUAUUGUGAGGAACCCAAAGGGGCAGCUAAAGCUUUACUCAAAAGGAGCUGACACAAUAAUCUUCGACAGGCUGGACCCGUCUAAUGAAGAGCUUAUGUUUACUACCUCAGAGCACCUUAAUGAGUUUGCCGGAGAGGGUUUGAGGACAUUAGCGCUGGCGUACAAAGACCUGGAUGAGGAUUUGUUUGAUGAAUGGAUGAAGAAUCUUCUCUUUGCCAGCACGGUGUUGGAUAACAGAGAAGAAAAACUCUGGGCUCUAUAUGAAGAAAUAGAGCAGGGCCUGAUGCUGCUUGGUGCUACAGCCAUAGAGGACAAACUGCAGGAGGGAGUUCCAGAGACAAUCGCCUGUUUGACUUUGGCCAACAUCAAGAUCUGGGUGCUCACCGGGGACAAGCUAGAGACGGCAAUGAACAUCGGCUACUCGUGUAGCAUGCUGAGAGACGACAUGAACGAGGUGUUCAUAAUCUCAGGUCACACCAUGCUCGAGGUUCAGCAGGAUCUCAGAAAUGCCAAAGAGAGAAUCAUGGGACCCAGUAGAGAGAAUCUCAGCAGUGUCACCGACAUGGAAAAAACAGAUUUGUACUCAAGUGACUCUGUCUUUGAGGAGACCAUUAUCGCAGAAUAUGCAUUAAUCAUCAAUGGCCACAGUUUGGCUUAUGCCCUGGAGGCUGAUCUGGAGCAGAUCUUGGUGGAUGUGGCGUGUCUCUGCAAGACAGUGAUCUGUUGUCGGGUCACUCCACUGCAGAAAGCACAGGUGGUGGAGCUGAUCAAGAGACACAAAAGAGCCGUUACACUCGCCAUCGGAGAUGGAGCCAAUGACGUCAGUAUGAUCAAGACGGCUCACAUUGGCGUGGGCAUCAGUGGACAGGAGGGGAUGCAGGCAGUGUUGGCCUCCGAUUACUCCUUCGCCCAAUUCCGCUACCUGCAGCGCCUCCUGCUUGUCCACGGUCGCUGGUCCUACUACCGCAUGUGCAACUUCCUCUGUUACUUCUUUUACAAGAACUUCGCCUUCACACUGGUUCAUUUCUGGUAUGGAUUCCUCUGUGGAUUUUCAGCACAGACGGUAUACGACCAAUGGUUCAUCACACUUUUCAACAUAGUCUACACCUCGCUUCCUGUGCUGGCCAUGGGCAUGUUUGACCAGGAUGUGAACGAGCAGUACAGUUCACGCUAUCCAAACCUGUACAGACCGGGACAGCUCAACCAGCUCUUUAACAAGAGGAAGUUCUUCACCUGCACUCUUCAGGGGGUCUUCACUUCUUUCAUCCUCUUCUUCAUCCCAUACGGAGCCUUCAUAACCGCUGCGCGCGAUGACGGCACCCACAUCUCCGAUCAACAAGCAUUUGCCGUCACCAUAGCAACCUCUUUGGUCCUUGUUGUCAGUGUCCAGAUUGGGCUUGACACAAACUACUGGACGGCUGUGAAUCUUUUCUUCGUAUCGGGAAGUCUAGCUGUGUACUUUGCAAUACUUUUUGCAAUGCACAGCGAUGGUAUUUUUACCAUAUUCCCGAACCAGUUUCCUUUCAUAGGUACGGCACGUAACUCUCUAAAUCAGAGGUUUGUGUGGCUGGUAAUCCUCCUCACCACAGUCGUGUGCAUAAUGCCAAUGGUGGCCAUCCGAUUCAUCAAGACUGACCUAAAUCCCACACACACUGACAAGGUACGUUUACUUCAGCAGGCCACUAGUAGGCAGGGUCCUCAAGAACAGAACCUCAGACGAGUCCGGAGGACGAGUUCACGGCGCUCGGCGUACGCUUUCGCCCACCAGCAGGGAUACGGAGAACUCAUCACCUCUGGCAAGAACAUGAAGGUCCCCACAUCCUCUACUUCCACAUGUCCCGUAUCUUCUCCCACAAGAGCACCAGCCGGAUCCAGAUGGAUAGAGGGCUUGAGAAACAACGGGGACCUUGACACUACCACCCCGGCGGUGGAGAUCACUGGAUUUAGAGGGGAAAGUUACCGAAGUGGAGAGCUAACACUGGAAGACUUGGAAGACACAUAAAGAACCGUUCACUCACUGAAUGAAGAAUACUGAGAGACGUAACGUUUUGACGAAAGGGUCAUCCGGAUACAUACUGUACCUGUGCCUUCCAUCAUCCUGCAAGCGAAAGACUAAAGCAUUUACUCUUACUAAACUUAUAUAAUUCCACAUGUAUCUACUUGAAAGGUCUAUAAAGUGGGCAUUUCUUUCACAUGAUGCUUUAUGGAAGGGAUUUUUGUGCCUUUUUUGUUUUCCUUUUAUUAAAGGAAGUAUUUUAAGUUCUUUAUGUUGGGUUGAAUGUGUCACCAUUGCCUUUUUGUUCUCUGAAAAGUUCUGACAUUACAAAAUAUCACUGAUGUUCAUGCAUAAUUUAUAAAUUAGCAGUUUAGAUUAUUGUCCUCAAAUGUUGGGAUAUUUUGAAGGUAAAAUGUGAAAGUACAGGUCAUAUUUUCUAUCUUUAAUUUAUUUAAUGAGGGGAGUUGUGCAACAAUUCCUUUUUAUGAAUGUACAGUCGACACAUUAAAUAUAAUGUUGUUAAAUUUAUGACCAAUGUAUAUGAUUUUCCUGCUGUGCUAUUUUGUCAACCAGGACCAUGGAAAUUGUUUAUUGUUUUUAUGUAAAUGCAUUGAUUUUUAUACAAAUCAUUGUAAUUUUUAUAUGAUAUGCAUU